GUAUUUGGGCGUUUUAAUAUAUAAGCGCUUUCUAGGGAGUUUGUGAGUUUCAGGUCCUGUUGAAUUGGACGUCUAAGAAUUAUCAUACAUUUCAGGUUAUAAGUUUUUUUGUUUUAUCCAAGCUAACUGACUGUUACCCAUUGAGAUGCAGACUAUAAGAAAUUUCUUCCGGCCUUCCUGGUCCUCAGCUCAGAGACUGGAAGACAAAACUGUGGUCAUCACUGGAGCCAACACCGGCAUUGGCAAAGAGACCGCCAUUGACCUGGCUAAAAGAGGAGCCAGAAUCAUCAUGGCGUGCAGGGAUAUGGAGAAAGCUCAGGCUGCUGUGAAAGAAGUCAUCGAAAGCUCCAGCAAUGAAAACGUUGUCUGCAUGAAACUUGACUUGGCAGACAGCAAGUCGAUAAGGGAGUUUGCUGAAAACAUUAACAGAGAGGAGCCAAAACUCAACAUUCUCAUCAACAAUGCUGGUGUGAUGGUUUGUCCUUAUGGGAAGACGGCAGAUGGAUUUGAGAUGCAGAUCGGUGUCAAUCACUUUGGCCACUUCUUGUUGACAUAUUUGUUGCUGGACCUGAUUAAAAAAUCAACACCGGCCAGGAUUAUCAACGUGUCGUCCAUGGCUCACUCGUGGGGCUCCAUUAACUUGGAGGACAUCAACAGCGAGAAGAGUUAUGACAAAAGGGGGGCGUACUCGCAGAGCAAACUGGCAAACGUUCUCUUCACGCGCUCACUGGCUAAAAGACUGGAGGGCACAGGUGUGACGACAUACUCUCUUCACCCCGGAGUCGUCCAGACGGAUCUGUGGCGCCACCUGAGUGGGCCCCAGCAGUUGGUAAUGAAGAUUGUCAGUCCCUUCACCAAAAACUCAACUCAGGGAGCGCAGACCAGCAUUUACUGCGCCGUGGAGCCGACGCUGGAGAAGGAGAGCGGUGGAUACUACAGCGACUGUGCUCCUGCCGACUGCUCGGCGGCUGGUAAAAACGACGAGACUGCGCAGAAGCUGUGGGAGCUGAGCUGUCAGUUACUCUCAAUAACAUGGGAAUGAGUCAAAUUUGAAUGAAUAUAAAUACUUUUUCGUUUUAAUCUUCUGUUAUGCAUUAUUUCUUAUUUCCUUUACAUUACUACUGUUUACCCACAAAAUAAGGUUCAAGUCACUAUUAUUUUGAGUUUUUCUAUGUACUUGGUUUACAGACUUCAAUAUUUGCACAAUAUUAUAUUCAUUAUUACUAUUAAAGGUUUACUAAUUAUAACUGAUGUAGCACAUUAACAUGUUUUACAGUUUAUAUUAUCACAUGUGCCUCUUCAUUUUUGGCAGCACUAAGUAUGAUAUACUGUACAGACAAAGAUUUUAACAGCUAACUUUUAAUUUCUUUUCUUUAUUUGUAUUUUAUGACAUUAAAGUCAGUUCUACACUCCA